AGGCAACACAAAUGAUGUCUCCACCUGCAACCGUGGAGGCUUUGGCAUUUUUCUUCUUCUUUCCCAUUCUGCUGCCUACCCCAUGAAGGUUGGAGUAGCUGCCCUCGCAGCCGGAAUCCUCGGCGGCACCGGUGUCUUGCUCUUUCUCAUCGCUUUUGGUACAGAUUAUUGGCUUCUGGCUACGGAGACCUGUGGUGUCUUCGAGCAUGGGAACAGCACUCUGCAGACCGAGGAGGCUGAAACGCUGACAGAAGUCAGGAAGGAGAUCCUCACUUUCCAUCACGAGGGCUUCUUCUGGCGGUGUUGGUUUUUUGGCAAGGGUCACCCAGAGACCAUCUGGACCUUCUGGUACACCAGCCAAGCACAUCCCAAGCUCUGCACCCACGGCUACCUCUUCCCCAUGCCCAUUGCUCUCGGACCUUUCCCUCAUCCUUCCUAUGACACAACUGCAGUGUACAGAGGCUUCUGGACGGCAUUCAUCGUGCUGGCUGUCGCCACUGGGCUGGUGGGAGGGCUGCUGUUGGUGUGCGGCGUGCCCUUUGUCAGCCCUCGGUCCUACAAAAUUGGAGGCGGAUUCCUCCUCUUCUCGGGAGGCUUAUUUCUCCUGCUCAUAUUUCUCUUUGUGAUAUGGAAGGAGUUUGCCGCUGAUUUUCAGAAGUACAUCCUUCUGGAGAGAAGUGAGAAGUGCAUGGACGAUGUACCCGUGCAUGUGUAUUACGGGUGGUCAUUCAUGUUCGCCGCAGGGGGAGUGCCCCUGGUUUUACUUUCCGGACUGAUCUUCUACUUGGUCGGCAGAGACAUUAUGAAAUCCCUGGAGUAAGAAAAAUUUGGAGAAGGUCUUUGAGAAAAUUGGUGAUACUCUUUGCAAUGAAGCACACAGGACUAGAUUAUUUUUGUGGCUAUAAUUGUCAGCAUAGAUGCAUGACUACACUCACUCUUGCAUGGAGGCAGUGAUGGAGCGCUGAGCAUCCAACCACUGUCAGUCCAAAACCAGACCCAGCUGAAUGUCCAGCUUCAG